AUGGAAGGACAGUUACUGCAGACUAUAAUGUUGACUGUUGUCUUAGAAAAUGUUCGACAGCAAAGUCCUCGAUGCAGGAUCGUCCUCAACCACGACAAUGGUUCAGCGCACGACGCGAAACGUCGAGAUAAUGAAUCUCCGCCGUAUAGUCCGUACAAGGAUAAACUUCCUAAGAUUCGAGCCCUGAAGAUGCGGCGAGUGCGUAAAUGCCGUAGUAGAGCACCU